AGCUUUUAGUUUGAAUACAAACUUUGGGAACGAAAGUGCUCGGUCGCGAGUGCGAAUAUCUCUUACCCCAUAUCGCGAUUCUUCUUCAUCCAUCUCACUUCCCACACAUUUCCCAGCUAUCUCGCUCGAUAUAGCAAACUACAUCAGCUGCUAUAAAAGUUGUGUAACCACCUCAAGCCAGGUGGGACGGUUUUGUGUACGUUUCGUGGUUCGUUUUAUCGUCAAGUUGAGAACAAAACAUAAACAAAACUCAUUUAUUAUUUCAACGAGGAAAUAUGUCAUCGAAAAUCUUCCGAGCGGUUAUUCUUGGAGCCCCCGCUUCGGGGAAGGGCACAAUUUCAAAGCGUAUUGUUGAGAAGUUUGGCUUCGUGCAUAUCUCACCGGGGGACAUCCUUCGGUUGAAUAUUUCGAAUGGAACGGCGCUGGGCAAGAAGGCCAAGGUGUACAUGGAUGAAGGCAAGCUGGUUCCCGAUGAACUCAUUAUCAAGUGUGUGUCUGGGCGAAUAAUCGAAGCUGGCAACAGGUCAUGGAUGUUGGAUGGGUUUCCACGCACAGUUUCUCAGGCAGAACGUCUUCAAGCUACGGACCCUGUUGAUGCCGUCCUUAACUUAGAUGUACCAACAGAUGUGAUAAUCGAACGGGUCAAGGGUCGUUGGAUACAUCUUCCGUCUGGUAGAGUUUAUAAUGAGGGUUUCAACAGUCCUAAAGUACCAUUUAAGGAUGACGAGACUGGAGAGGAUUUGGUGCAACGUGAUGAUGAUAAACCAGAAAUAGUGCGCAAGCGAUUGGAGGUCUAUCACGAGGCCAUGAAGCCGGUUCUGGAGUUCUAUGAGAAGUACAAUUUGGUGACGAAGUUUGCUGGUCGAACAACGGCAGAAAUUUGGCCAGGAAUUGAAAAGUAUUUGCUCAAGAAGACCGAAGCGGUCGUAGCUAAAAGGCAAUAACGAUGCGGCGCGUCAGCAGCGUCGCAAAACAACAACGAACGAAAAAUGCCUCAAAAGUUUAAAAACCUGCAACUAUAAUGUCGUGAAACACAAAGACAAAUAAAUUCAUAAUCAUACUCUUACAAGUGCAAACGUUGUAACCUCAUCCAUAGUUCAUAAUGAAAAUAAAUGUUUAUAUUUUUCUGUUAA